UCUCAAUUUCUUCAUCGAGCACAUGUCCUGUGGUGCACAUGGAUGUCAAAGCAUUUUCAACAGUGUAAUUUCCCACAUGGCUUGGUCAGCCAAAGCAAAAUCAAGAAAUUGACAUUUGUACCGUAUGCGUGAUAAUGUUUGCACCAUCGUUGAAUAAAAUUCCAGUUUUACUUGUGAAGACAAUGUAUUGGUUUUAUUUGCAGGCAUUUAAGCUAUAACUCAUAUCAUAGUAGGCUGUGAAUAAAAAGUGCUGAUUUUCUUAGUUUAACACUUGCAUAAUGACUAAGUGGCAACCUAGCUCGUGAUUUGUCCACGCGCAAAUGUCGAAAAGUAUCCGUGGUAGUGUCAAAGUCAAAAUUAACAACUUUUGAAUUUAUUUUUUUAUUUUGACACUAGCUGUCCCGGCAAACUUUGUCUUGCCAAGCUGUGGUUGUUUGACAGCAGUUGAGGACAUCGCAGCAACGCACUCUAGAUUGAUUUCAUUUCAAUCACGCCAAAUUUCUUCCUGGUUCAUGAAAAAUCAGUAUUUUUACAUUCUUUAUAAUUCUUGAAUGAUUUUCGUAACUUUUUGUACAUAUAAACACAGCCACCAUGAAAACGAAUCUAACCGUGCAAGAGCCAUCCUAAUCGGUUCAGCCGUUUGUGAGUUUUGUUGCCUCAAAGGGAUUUCAAACUCAUUUUUAUAUAUAUAGAUUGCCUAAUGGUGUAGACAUUGACACACAAACAAAAGUUAUAAUAACUAUUGAUUCUGGAAUUUGGUACGGAUCGAUAGUUUUUCGAAAAUCGAAAAAAACGGAGAUUGCGUUCGGGCAAAUUCAAGACUUUCUUAUAUGGCGCUGUAGGGUUUGUACUGGCAUGCACUUUCUAUGUUUACAUUGAGUGUGUAGAUAGUGCGAAAUGAGCAGUUACGAAUGAGCGUGUAGAGAGACAGUUGCGAGGAAGUGGAGCGUCGGCGGACGGCGGACAGCGAACAUGUGGGAAGUGUGGUGAAUCCGACCGACCGGAGAAAAGCUUCUGGACUGGAGAGCUGGAGUUUGCCGUUGCGAGAGUUGCUUCCGGAAGUGGACCCUACAAUUGGCGACGAGGAUGGGAUGGAAGGCCUCGUAUACGAUGAAUGUUUUUUGGCCCCUUGAACGUGUUUGUUUUGAGAUGGCUUGCUGGCAGUUUGGUUGGUGUUGUGAUGAUGGGAGAAACGGUGCAACAAUUCGGCAGGUGAAGUUAAAAGAGGAAGUGUAAUUAUUUGCACGGAAUAGAUGACACAGUGUUUUGAAAAUGCAGGUGUUGAAGAAUAAUUUUUGGACAGCUCAUUGAGAGAGCGUGCUUGUAUGAUGUUUCAGUGGAGAAGUGUGAAUGCGCAUGGUACAAUUGGUAUUUACCUGAAUUUUUUUUUUUCAACCGUGGCGGGUUGCCGGUUGAAGAAAAUUUUAACCGUGGCGGGUGCCGGUUAAAAGAAUACAUGAGACCGUGGCGGGUGCCGGUCGAAGCAAAUUUAACUGUUGCGGGUGCCAGUUAAAAAGGACAAAAAGACCGUGGCGGGUGCCGGUCGAAAGAAAUUCAACUGUUGCGGGUGCCAGUUGAAAGGACAAUUGAGACCGUGGCGGGUGCCGGUUGAAAGGAAUUUAACCGUUGCGGGUGCCGGUUAUAAUCGAGGUUGCCGGUCGAAAGAAACAUUUGAUCGUUGCGGGUUGCCGAUCAAAGAGAAUGAUUAACCUUGAAACGAAACUCCCUGCAAGGGUGCUUGGGAGCAAGGUAGUGAUUCCAUGGCUUGGGGGAGCCUGGAAAAGGAUCCGUAAAUUCCUGCAAUCAGGUGACAUCGAGGUGUUGUGUUGUCAUGACUCAAGAGUGUGUUGAAUACACAAUAGUAGUUGGUAGCGGUUUUGGCAGUUCCUGUAACCACAACAUGGUAACAUUUCCAUGGUUGGGGGCGCAUGGAAAUAAAGUAAUUUGCUUUAGAAGCUCCUUCCUACCUGAAUAGGGUGCUUGGAAAUUGAGAAGUGCUUCUAUUACAUCUUGGAGAAAACCAGGGUAUAUUAGUGGAUCCAUGGAUUGGGAACAGGGUGAUGAUUGACUGGAUGAUGGAGAGGCGAUGCUUUGCAUGUUGUGUUUGAAGGCAGUGUAGUGUUUCCAUGGUUUGAGGAUGCCUCUAGGAAGAUUGAUCUGACUUAGAUAUUCCAAGUUGCGCUUGAGACUUUGAGAGCACUAGAAGUAAAUCGUUUUAUCGCCUGAUAGUUCUUGCGAGAGAUGUGCGGGCGUGAAUCAUUGUAUUCAAUGGUAUGAAAAUACUUGUAAUGGGUAAUACAUGUAUAUAAUGGAUCACUAAUGUUGGCGGUACCCCUCGUUGCGGCACGCAGAGAGUGAAGCAACUUACCGUUCCCUCGGACGAGUCGGUGUAAAGAUGCGGGUUGACAGAAUUCGUAUGUCACUGUCAGAAUUCGUUUAUCAGAACCUGUAUCAUGAAUCAGCAAUAAUAUUGAACUAUAUCCACGAGUGAGUUGUUGCAAUAGUUGGUUUUUCGAAAGUUUAAAUAUUGGAUUCCUAAGUAGCUCAUUAGUAGUCGUGCGUGAAUUAAAGCUGAAUUUAGGGUACGUUUUGCCUGAAAUGAAAACAUUAUACUCACCUUAACCUUGAAUCAUAUGAACACCUGUAGAUUUCCCGUUAAUUGAUGAUCGUCGAUAAGAUUGUCCUUCGCGGUAGAUUGUCCGCAGUUAGCAGUAAAACACUGAAAUUGUAAGAAGCCCCUCAUACUUACCCAAAGACAUUAUUAAUGAUUGACUUAAUAAAUUACAGCCUUGUAGCUGCUUAAUAGCAACUCACAAGACGGUGUUUUUUUCUGAAAUUGGGAACAAUCUACAAGGAAUUUCAUCCUAAGUUGGAUGAACGAUUGUUACCCGUCGGACGAUUCUGCUACGGAUUCGAGAACCGUGGAGGUCAGAGAGACGAUUCGCCAUCGAAGACAGCUUUCGUCGUAGUACGCCGAGCGUGGCGAAGCGAACCAACCGUGGAUCUUAACAACCGAAUGCGGCCCGGGACGGAAUACGGAGAGCAGCUAAGUGCAGUAGAUUUAGUGUGUAGCUUUCGUUGUUACCGCACCCAUCCGGUUGCGAAUCGCUCUACUAGUAGAUAAUUUAAUCAUAGUCAGAGUUAGAGUUAGUUCUGUCUCGCGGUCGCGAUGUCCGAGAAAAAUGUCAACGUUUCAACUCCGGGCGGUGAUAAGCAGUGUAAGAAGUGCGAUCGCGGUGAUAUCGAUGACAAUAUGGUGUGUUGCGACAUUUGUGAAGGAUGGGUACAUUUCCAGUGCGCCGGUGUUACUGAUUCCAUCGGAGAACCCGAUAGGAGUUGGAAAUGUAGUGCUUGUCUAGCCGACUGGAACGGUUCCUCGAAGUCUGAGGUCUCGUUCAACGAGUCGUCGGUUAGCAAGAGUAGUCGAGUUUCGCAGAGACUACAGCUCAGCCUUCAACUACUGGAAGAGCAACAGAAGCUGAAGAAGAAACGCGCUGCAGAGGAGUUAAAAAUCCGUAGAAUGGAAGAAGAGGCCAAGCUGAAGGCGAUGGACGACGAACAGGAGUUCUUAAAGCAGAAGUACGAGCUACUGAUGCAGAUCGGCGAGGAGAAGGAGUCUUCGAGCAGGAAAAGCGGCGUCAGCGUGAGAAGCAAGCGGGUUCAGCUGGAGAAGUGGCUAAAUAAGGGCUCCUCUGCAGAUGGAGUAGUUCCCCCGAGACCAUCAACGACUCAAGCGGGUUCGGCUUUCCCAUUACCCAUAGCCAGUGAGGUUGAAACCGGAGCAAAAGCAGCACCUACAUGCUCGAUCUCCAACACGAAGAAGUCGGCCGUUCCGCUCAACCAGGGAAUGUUGUAUGCGGAUCCGACAAUUCCAGUUCAGGGUGGUAGUGUGACAGCUUUGGCGCAAUCCUACGAACUACUAGCGACAACAGCAGUACCAGGAAGCGCAUCGUGUAACCCAACCACGCAUUCUGCAGUUCCAGAUAUAACGGUAUCAGCGGCUGCUGGGACUGUAUCAUCGUUAGCCCACGCAGUUCCAGCAAGUACUUCACCAGCAGAUACGGUGAGCAGGAGAGCGGAGAAAAUGAGCGCGACCCACCAUAUUACUUCCGGUACAGUACCGGUCUAUUCGUAUCCAGGAGUGAUUAGUAUGUCUUCGGCAGCAACCGUACCGAUGUCGGCCAACCCUCAUAUUUUCCACCGUACCUACGGAAAUCAUCUACAGUAUCCAGUUCCAACAACGAGUAAUCCUCCAUCACGAUUGCCCUGUUUCAUUCCAACAAAUCCAGUGUCACUACCGGUGGAAAAUCAACCAGUUUUGCAAAGUACAAGUUCUUUCCAGUAUCCCGCUGUUCCAGAAGCUACAUUGGCGCGGGGCCAAUCCAUAUGGUAUCCGGCAAACCCGGAAGUCGCAGCGUGUACAAGUUCGUCGUUCCACCCAAUUCCAUCUGUGGUUGAUGCGUCCUUCGGUAUUCAGGCCAACCCACGAGUUUUCCAUGGGAGUCAUGCGUCGGUUCCACAUCCGGUGAUAACAGAGGCGAUGGGGACCGGUUAUACGAGGAACAAUCCACCACUACAUUCAGUAGGACCAACAAGCGCUCAGUUAGCGGCACGACAAGUUAUGCCGCGUGAAUUGCCGAAGUUCAGUGGCGACCCCCAAGAGUGGCCGAUGUUCUACAGCUCCUUCACGAACACUACGGAAGUAUGCGGUUACACGGACGCCGAAAAUCUGGCCAGGCUGCAGCGCAGCUUAGGGGGUUCAGCACUGGAAGCAGUUCGCAGCCGUCUCCUGCUGCCUGCUUCCGUUCCAUUCGUAAUGAACACCCUGCAUAAGUUAUAUGGGCGCCCAGAAAUACUCAUAAACUCUCUACUGAAGAAAGUCAGAAAUGUUCCUUCUCCAAAAUCGGACAAUCUCAAUUCCAUCGUUGCGUACGGGUUGGCGAUACAAAAUCUCGUCGAUCAUAUCAUUCUUGCAGAUCAACAAGCGCACCUCGCAAAUCCAAUGCUGCUGCAGGAGUUGAUAGAGAAGCUUCCAACAUCCUUGAAAAUGCAGUGGGGCACGUACAAACAGCAGUGCGUGAACGUCAACUUGGCGACGUUCAACAGCUUUAUGUCGGGUUUAGUGAACCUAGUAUCCGAGCUAAGUAUCGAUGUGGAUUCAGCGCAAAAUCACCAGAAGCAUAAUCGAACCGAUAAGCCGAAGCAGAAGGAGAAACUUUUCACCCACAUGGGUGAGUCGUCAAGUGCAGCAACGAAGGAGAGCACAUGUGGGGAAUCUUCGUCGAAAGCCUGUUCAUACUGCGAUAAGGAUGGUCAUCAGAUCCUGAAUUGCUCGGGAUUCAAGGCUUUGGACAUUGGAGGACGCUGGAAGGCUGUUCGGCAGAAAAAUCUCUGCCGGUUGUGUUUGAUUCCGCAUCGGAAGUGGCCCUGCCGAUCGAAGAAAGAAUGCAAUGUGGAAGGAUGCCGCAUUAGGCAUCAUACGCUACUGCACAGUGUCCACAGUCAGAAUGCCGACAGUCGAAGUACGAACAUUGCAGUCCACCAAAACCACCACGGGACUAAAUCCUAUACGCUAUUCCGUUACCUUCCUGUAACAUUGUAUGGUAACGGGAAACAGGUAGACACUUUCGUAUUCCUGGAUGACGGGUCAUCGUCAACGUUGCUCGAAGCAGAAAUUGCAACACAGCUAGGUAUCGAGGGCGAACCAGACAGCCUUUGGCUGAGUUGGACUGGAAAGAUCGGUCGUCACGAGAAGGCCUCUAAGCGAAUAAGCGUGAAGAUUUCUGGAGCCAAUAAGGAGGAAAAAUAUUUACUAAACGACGUUCGGACGGUGCAAGAACUAGGACUUCCAAAUCAAACGUUGAACUACACGGAAUUAGCAAAGGCCUUCCCUCAUUUACAAGGGAUUCCCGUGGACAGUUAUAUCAACGCCAAGCCAGGCAUGAUUAUUGGGAUCGAACACGUACGGAUGAUAACCAGUUUAAGAAUUCGCGAAGGAGGCAACAAUGACCCAGUUGCCGCAAAAACCCGAUUAGGAUGGUGCGUGUACGGGAGAAAUUCUACGAGUGAAUCAGUGGAACAGUUACACGUACAUGUCGCCGAGUGUAUAAGUAAUACCGAACUGCACGAUUCCAUGCGAAAGUUUUUCGCGGUUGAAGAAGCCGUUGUUACGCAGCAAAUAGAAUCCGACGAGGACAAACGUGCACGAAGUAUUCUGGAAACGACUACUAUACGAAGGAAAGGUCGGAUGGAAGUUGGUCUGUUAUGGCGUAAAGACGACGUACGCUUUCCAGACAGCUAUCAAAUGGCUUUGAGCAGACUGAGAGGACUGGAGAAACGGUUGGCAAAGGAUUCGGUUCUACGAAAUAAAGUUAACGAGCAACUCGAGAGCUUUGUACGGAAACAGUAUGUCCGUGUAUUAUCCCCGGAAGAAUUGGAAAACACAGAUCCUUUCCGGAGAUGGUAUCUCCCUCUGGGAAUAGUUACGAAUCCUAAAAAACCAAACAAAAUUAGAAUGGUGUGGGAUGCAGCAGCAAAGGUCGGAGGAGUGGGCUUCAACGAUAUGUUGCUCAAAGGGCCAGACCUUCUCGUUCCGCUCGUGGAUGUACUUCUACGGUUCAGAGAAGGUAAGAUAGCCGUCUGCUCUGACAUCCGCGAAAUGUUUUUGAGAAUACUCAUACGGGAGGAAGACAGCCGUUCGCAGUGUUUCCUGUGGCGUAACAACCCGGAAGAAGAUGUACAGGUAUAUGUAAUCAACGUGGCUAUGUUUGGAGCAACCAGCUCGCCUUGUACGGCGCAAUAUGCGAAGAACAGAAAUGCCCUCGACUUUGCAGAAGAAUAUCCCAGAGCAGUAGACGCGAUCGUUAAAGGACACUACGUGGACGACUUCUUGGACAGUGUCAAUUCCGUGGAUGAAGCAGUUCAAUUAGUCACACAAGUUCAGAAUAUCCAUGCAUCCGCCGGAUUUCAUUUCGGAAAGAUUCUUUCAAACUCGUCGGAUGUUCUAGAUCGUCUGGGAGAGGCCAGUUCAUCAACCAUCAAGUCGCUGAACCUCGAUAAAGAUGCGGUCUACGAACGCGUUCUGGGAGUAGUGUGGAUUCCAUCUGCCGACCACUUCACCUUUGAUCGGACAGGACUUGAAGAAGUUCUGGGAAGCAAUCCGGCGGCGCCUACCAAAAGGCAAGUACUCCGAACAGUAAUGAAGCUGUAUGACCCCUUGGGCUUUGUCGCGCAUUUUGUUGUACAUGGCAAAAUUUUGAUGCAGGAGAUCUGGCGGUCGGGGACAAAUUGGGACGAACCUAUAGCAGAACAUCUACGAGAACUAUGGAUUAAGUGGAUUGCACUUUACGAAAGCAUCAAUGAAGUAGCAAUUCCUCGCUGCUUCUUCGGAGACCUUCAGCCGCAACACGUAGAUGAAAUUGAAAUUCACGUGUUCACGGAUGCAAGUAUAGCGGCGUGCGCAUGCGUAGCCUAUUUGAGAAUGGCGCACAACGGAGGUAGCUGGUGUUCAAUGAUAGCUGCAAAAACCAAGGUAGCGCCCCUUCGGACACUUUCAGUCCCUCGGCUGGAGCUCCAAGCUGCCAUGAUGGGAGCGCGUCUGCUGCAAAACAUCUGUACGGCUCUCACUCUCAAUAUUCGGAGGCGAUUCUUGUGGACUGAUUCAUCUACAGUUUUGGCGUGGAUUCGGUCGGACGGUAGGCGAUAUCACCAGUUUGUCUCUUUCCGUGUUGGCGAAAUUCUUUCGCUCACUAGCGUUGAUGAAUGGAAUUAUGUUCCGUCGAAAAUGAACGUUGCUGAUGACGCCACUAAGUGGAACGCUGGCCCAUCCUUCGAUCCUGAUAGCCGAUGGUUUAAGGGUCCAUAUUUCCUGCGAGAGCCGAAGGAGCGGUGGCCGAGGGAACCAGCAAAAGAGGUAUCCAGAACCGAGGCAGCGAGCGAAGAGUCUGUAAUGAACUACGACAGCAGUUUUAUGUACCGAAGCUUCGGGUACUCGUACGGAAAGUGA